AUGAUCCGAUGCUUCGUGAAAGAGGUCUGUACUCCCCCGGACAUCUUCGAGGAUGUCCAGCAUCUUGUUAGCCGAGACUCCCCCGACGCUCCAGGAAAGUAUCCAAAGGUUGUCGCCGGUCAAAAUUCCCCGGUGAAACAUGCUCUGUGUGCUGUGACAUCAGUUGAGUUCCGCGUGGAAGUCCGAAUUCCUGGUUCAAGCGGCACCCCUACCUCUUCGAAGACCUGGAAGCAGUUUCUUGAGACUUGGGUGCGAUACAUUGGAUCCCCGGGCUUGGUCAUUACCGACGGCGGGAAUGAGUUCAAGGGCCUGUUCGAACGUGGAUUGGAGCAGUUGGGAUGUCUACAACACGUUUGCGCCAGGGAAUCUCCCUGGCAGAAUGCCAAAUCCGAAGGGCAUGGUGGUUGGCUGAAGCGCCGACUGACGCAGCAGGUCGAGUCGGGGCGAUGCACUUUCAACAACCUGGACGAGUUGGACGAGUUCCUCGCUCAGAUCACAGCGGCCAAGAACCGAUGGCUCAAUCAUGGAGGCCACUCCCCGGUGCAGCUAGUGUUCGGUGAGCUUCCUCGUGUGUCGGCAGAGCUCUUAAGUGACGGACCCGGAGGACCCCCAAACACGGUCGACUUCAUCGCGUGUGUGACGUGUCAUCUGGGCUGGGGAGCUGCAGCGGAACAGAUCUUGGUUGCAUCAAGCCAGAUUGGCUGCCCUGACUUUGUUGAUCACCGAUUGGAGUCUUUGCCGACGUUGCUCGAAGCUUUUGCCUGCGUCGUUCGUCGAUUGGUAGGAUCGCAUAGCCUCGGCGUACUCCUGUGGGGCGAAGAGAGCAUGCACAUUGAUGGGUGCUUCCACGGAGAGAAGAUCUGCCGCGGCCUCUUUGGUGACUGUCGCUUCCUGGUCAGCCCUAGGAAGGUUCAGGGUCUGCUGCAUUUGCUUCGUGACCUGUUUCUCCACUUUGUCGAUUCUGCGGCCAAACCCCCACAGUUCUUCUUUGGAAUCGGACAUGGCUUCCUUGAGCUCCCCUCGCACGGCCUCACGGAUGACGUCGAUGGAGAGGGUCAGGUUUUCGGCAUCCGGGACCUUGCGUUUUGGGGCCGGUUCCCCCUGCUGGCCGACUGCCAUGACGCUCUGGGCACGGAGAAGUAUCACAAGGAGGUACAGUAA